AUGGUUAGACACAUGUUGGUGGUGUACCUGGGGCUUCUGUUUAGGACUAUGCUUCCUCCUCACCGUCAUCCAGCCGCCCUCUUUCCCCAGCUGCUUGGGGUCUGCCGGGAAAUAGCUAGCGGGGCCUACGCUAUCUUCGGCUGCACCAGCUACAGGGGCCUGGCUAGCUACGGCACACCAAUGAUGGAAACAGAAAAUUUCACCAUCUUCAUCAAAAACAGCAUCCGCUUCCCGACCUUCAACUACACCAAAGGGAACUUCCUUCCUAACAUCACGAAAAAAUAUAUCAGUGAGUGUAACUUUGACAUGGUCAACAACACCUACUGCCCGAUCUUCAGAGUGGGAGAUGUCGUCCGCUACGCCCAGCAGAACUUCACUAAUCUGGCAGAACAUGUACAGACCAAGCCUGUAUUUGCAAAGUAUUUUAAGAUGGAAAAUGGGACUGACUACCGCACUCUGGUCAAAGCCUAUGCUAUCAGGUUUGACGUCUUGGUCAAUGGAAAUGCAGGAAAGUUCAACAUGAUCCCUACACUCAUUAACAUGGUUGCAGCCUUUACAUCAGUGGGAGUGGGCACAGUGCUGUGUGACAUCAUACUGCUCAACUUCCUGAAAGGUGCGGAGCAAUACAAGGCCAAGAAAUUUGAAGAG